AUGUUGUUGAGAGUACUACUGAUCGUUGCGGCUUGGCUGCCGGUCAUUUUUUGCGCCGGCGACGGAGAGCCCCACAAGGAAGAAGACGCAUAUCGUGUGUAUUAUGAGCCAGACAAUACCACGCUGAGUGAGCAGCUCUUGUCCUCGCACCGAGUGCCUCUUCGCGUGCGGCUGGCAUCGCCGAUCGAUGUGGAAAGUCUCAUUUGGGCCAUUCGACUCUUGGAUGCGAAACGAGGCCAGUGCCCGCGCCUCGGUUUGUGGGAGAUGUUGCGCGUGGCGUUCGAGAAGCUUUCACUAGAGGACAUCUACGGUGUGGAGCGUCUGGAGACAUUGCAACGGCUGCUGUCGGAUGCGGAAAGCAACGAUGGCACGGACGGGACGGAGAGUUGGGGGCAGGUCGAGUUGGAGUUGCCGGAAGGCGGCGGAGUGCUUAUGGUCCAUUUGGGUGACAUCGUCUUGCAGCAUCCACCCGGUUGGAAGGAAAUCGUGCAGGUGAACAUGGUGACUGCGUCACUUCGUCAUAUGCGAGGAGAAAAAAGACGGCAAAUGAGGGAUUACACCAAGAAGGUGUGGGAAAAUCACCAGCGGCUGCGUCGUCUGCAGCAGCUGGACAUUCAGAGAGCGCGGCAACGGCGUAUUGAAGUUGCCCGUGAACGUUCAGAACGGUUGGCUUUGAUGAAACAGGGUUCCGAAUGGCGACGAAAUAUUACUGAACAUGUAAAGCGUGAACGCUCCGUGAUUUUGCUUUUAGACACGAAGAAACAGGAUGGCCCCUCUUUUGCACAACGCGCGGGACGGUGUGAGAACAUUCUUCACGCGAUACACACGCUGCAAAGUCAACGAGUGCUGCCUACAGAAAGACGCAUGCGUUAUCUUCGAGAAAAAGAAAAAAAAGUCUGUGGGGACGUCUUUUAUUCCAUGGAGGACCUCGCCCGCCACGAGGAACAUGAGAUGUGCCACUCUCGCUGUUCUUCCUACUGCGAGGGUGUUGAGGCACUUGAGAACUGGACGAGAUACACCGGGUCUGCCGCAUCUGUCGUGCAGUUGCAUGCCUUGUACCACAACGUCCUCUUGAGCACCACAGACUUCAACAACACGGCGGCGAACUACCUUUCCCUUCUUUUUGAAACUGUCUUGGAUGACGUGGAUCGGGGCGUAUUCUCGACCUGUGCUGAAUUGUGUAUUCCAUCCAAGAAACUGGUUGCGGAAAUGAAAUUCUUUGCUGGUGUCCUGGGGAUUCUUGAUCACACGCCGGAAGCAAAUGCGGGAGUCAAUAAAUUAAGUGCGGUUUGGUGGGAUCGUGCCCGACACGCGUAUCUACACAUUUGGAGCGCCUCACGUGCCGGUUCACGACGCGCCACAGCUGCCCUUGCAACAAUGAAGGAGCAUGGAAUUUUAGCCCAGCAACAACAUCGUGUAGCAGCAGUGCUGUUGUCCACGCUGCUGUUGGAGAAGCACGCUUACUUUUGGAGACAAGUUAUGAGCGUACGCGCGCAGAGCUCGGGGGAGGCGGUACCGUCGUCGCAGAGGCUGUUACGGUUUGAGCGAUUCUUUGCGGAAGAAAAUGGUUGGAGAUUGGUCAAUGAACCAUUUCUCACGCGCAAUCGUAUCAAGGCAUUCCGUUCGGAAAUUGACGAGGAAGACGAUACGGAAUCCAGCGUCCCCCCAGAUGAGGUUCCCCUGACCAUCCUGCAAAAUAUCUUCUUGGCGCAGCUGCACAUUGCUGGGAUUAAGGGAGUGCCCCGGGAUUUAAAACGUGCAGAGUGUCUUCUUUUGCUACUGCUUCGAAAACUGCGGUACACGUGCGAUGUACCACAUUUGGAGGAAUUGGAUAAAAAAUAUUUUUCGGAAGCUGGCGGGGGCGGCGCAUGCGAAGAACACCUCCAGAAGUUGUGCCUGCUUCGCAGGAGUGGGAUUUCCAUGGGACCCUGUGGACUUCUCAAUGCAACGAGUGGAUUCAAACUGCACCCGAGUUUACGGCUAAUAAGAAGUUCAAAGAAAAUUCAUGAGGUGGUUCACAGAAUAUUGGUGCUGCUGGCCUAUGUUCACCUUUUAAAUGGACUCCAGUACGAUAUGGCUGCCAAGUAUGCUUUUUUGGCCUUGGAGGUCAGCGCUGCGGUGUUUUUCUCCGCAACGGCUGAGCUACCCAAGGAUGUGAAGCAUAAUUUUGUUGUGGGCAACAUCAGUCACAAUGAGAAGCUUGUAAUGUUAAAGAAUAAGAAUUGGCCGGCAAAGGAUUUGUUGAUGAACGCUCUAAGGCGUGGUGAUCCUCUGGAUUCGUUGUUUGACUUCACGAGGUCUGGGUUUUUGUCAUCUGAGAGUCUUGUGCUUCUUGCCAUGAGUGCCUUUCGGGGCGGUGUGGCGGCGCAGCGAUACAUUUGUUUCACGACCGAACGCUUUUUUGGUGCUCGUUCAUGCGUGGAGAAAAACGGUAGGGCGCCUUGCCGCACGCAGUGGACCUUUUUUCUUCUCCGGGAGGCGUCACGUCUGUGGGAGGAUGAGGCGAAAAUUCCUGGCAUUUUGGACCGUAGCUAUCCAUCCCCACGUCUUGUUGACGCGUUCUUUCUUAUGGCGUCUUUGCUAAAACGUGGGAAAAUCACUGUUGACGAUAUACGCGAGGGGGAAUUGUUUACCUCGCCUCGGUACGCUUCAGGCGCCUCCCCCCCUUUUCAGCCUUUUGGGAGCGAUACAUCUGAGAGUUAUAGGAACAGGUUGCUGCGGUUUGCAAGAAGGGUGUCGCCCUUUGCGUUACCGGGACGUCGGGUCAUGGUGUACGCUAAGAACUGGCAAUACUUUAUCACUCGUGCUACGCCCCCGCGGAAAUUACGUGUUCUUCGCGCAGCCGUGCAAUCUUUCCUAGAAGAACAUGACAUAAAUCCUCUUUUGGCUGUUAGUGACAUGCAUGACUACUUAGAUGGCACGCGUUGGUCGUGGUUGCAAAGCCUUUUUGGCACACUGUGGGACGCAGUUCUCUAUCCAUUUGCGCAGACACGUGCGGAGGCCAUAGAGGACCAGUUGGUGAGGGAAGUGCUACCGAAAAAAGCUUUGGACGCUGAGCCUGUUAAUAUCACGGAGCGUUUUGCGGCCUCAGUGCUGAGCUCUCGCCACAUUCGGGAAGCGACUAUUGCGUUGCAGCUUCUUACCACAGCUUUGGUUUCUGGCGAACCCGACGGCUUCACGUUGAUCCUGUUGGAGGAAAUGGAGCGUGGCAACGGCCACUUGCGUAGCUUUGCACACUUCAUCUCGGAGCAUGUAUGGGGAGAAAGCCUGGCAAACGUGUGGAUGGAGGAGCACAAGGCGGCCCAGUGGCAUCAUGCGAAGCCAAAGACGCGAGGGCGGGGUCCUGUCUUUGCCGCUGAUUCGCGCAUUCCUUUUUACUAUGCCUUGCCCGACUCGAGGUUGGAACUUUUUGCUCAAAUUGCCCUCAAGCUUGUAGAGACUCGGAAACAAUACGCCAUGUCAAGCGGUUGUGUAACGGCGCAUUCAAAUUGCACGGCUUUUCCAGCGAUCAAUCAGGAAAUUAUUCGCACCAUGGCAUUAUGUAGUGGGGUGUUGAUUGAGACCGCUGUACGUAAGGGACGCUCUUUUAUGCCACGGAAGCCGUACGAGGGGAUGUAUUUCCCUGUAGGGAGUCUUCGCUGCCUCCAGGGCCUUCUGCAAUAUGUGCAAUCCACGGGUAUUUCACCAUUUUCUGGCCUCAGCGCUAAGGCUGCUGAGCUGUUGCUUCUGGAUCUGCUUGUUGAGUUGGCGAAGGCACAGGCACAGUACUAUGACCUUUCUCUUGAUGCCCUUGGCUCUAGCAGCAGAACUGGCUCAGAUGCUGCUGAUGCCAAUCAAGAGGACGCGAAGAAGAAUUAUCGUAAGUACCUGGUGGAACCGUGGAGACGAUUUUUCAAUGAGGGAGUGGAAGACAUUCCCCUGCCAGGACUCGGCGAGGGUGCGUAUUACAACAAGCGCUUGCAUCGUGUCACGGGAACGUAUUAUGCCGCGCGUAUGCUCAGAUGGUAUGCCAGGACAAAAAUUUGGCUGGAACAGUUUUUCGGCGUUGCGUGA